CCAGUAGGAGGUCGAUUCCCGUUGUGGCUUUUGUGAAAGGCUUUGUACGUACAACACAAAAGUGAAGAUUUUAGGACGUAAAACAAAUUGAUAUUACGCAUGCGAGUCCCUGUUUGACAGUCGUUCUUUAUUUCUUCAGGUGGUCUGUCGGGGCGGCCUUGUGUUAUAUCGCAUUCACAUCCAGGGAACCGGAAAUACGUCACGUUGCUCCAUUAUCCCUGUCGCAGAAGAAGGAAUUUUGCCUCCAAAACACUGUAGCUUUUACUCCCCAAGUCAGCACUAGUGGAUUUGGAGUAGAUGGACGAAUCAUCAGAAUUGGAGGUUCAAACAUCGAACGAUCAGGGUGUGGGAAGCAGUGCUCCAUCUGAUGCUCGCAUGGAUGAGGAGCUUGAUGGACUUCCUGUCUUUGGGACAGAUGACGAUGACUGGGAAAUGGACAGUACCUUCAGUCAGAGGGUGUUCUCUCAGUUAGACAGAAACAGUGAUGAUGAGGAUAAAAAUGACAGCCGAGAUGGAGCGCCAACUACUGUUGCAAAUGCAGACGAAAACAGUUCCUCUACCAUUGGAUCAUCAGAAGUGGAUGAAGAGAGAACAAAAGUUUCUGAGGAAAAUCCUCUCACCCCUUCAUCUGACGCCAUUAUAGAUAUCCCGGAAACGCAGUCACAAGUUGAUACUAGGACACCGCAAAGAGAUGCCAAUUUACAGAAAGAGCCUCCCGGGCAAGAUAAAGAAACGCAUUUCCCACCUGUUAUACAAAUUAAGGAUGAACCUAUAGAUGAGGAUUAUGAUAAAGCAUUAAUACCGCAGUCUGACACCAGCAAUGUUAAACAGGAGAUUACUGAGAAUGAGGCGACCUCUCUGUCAGAUGAGCUGAGGAUAAGCUCUGUGUUCUCUGUUAGUGGAAACAACAGCGAUGCAGUUUCAGCUCCAGUGGCGACCGUCCAGCAGUCAUCAUUCCCGGUGAUGUCCCAGUCUACUUCACUCAGAGGGACUUUAAUUCUGCCAACCCAAGCCCAACCUCAGUUUCAACUGCGUAUACAGCCCAGGCCCCAAAUGCAACCUCAAAUCCGGACGCAGACGGCAAUACUGUCUCAUGCUCCCAUCCAACCCCCUGCCCCCUCUGUCCAUGCUCCCCCGCCAGCAGUGAGGAUCUGCUGUUCCGGUUGCUCUAAAAUCCUGCAGAAGGGUCAAACUGCCUUCCAGCGGAAAGGCUCCAACCAGCUGUUUUGCUCCACGGUCUGCCUGACCAGUUUCAGUUUACCCUCCGUUCAGUUUACCCCCAUUAUCGCUCCCAGGAAAACCUGCAACCUCUGCCUUAAGGUAAUUGUAAAUCUGAAGGACCUGAUAACCAUCCCCGUGGGCUCUAUGAAUACACUAAAGGAAUUCUGCAGCCUUGCUUGUCUAAAUAUUUAUAAAGACAGAUAUGAAAACGCGCCUCCGGAUAUGUUCACACAAUGCAACGUGUGUAAGCUGGUCAGAGAGAUUCAGCAUGAAGUUACUCAUCUGGGUGUUGUGCACAAGCUGUGCAGCGAUGAAUGCUUUGCGCGCUUCCGAUCUUCCAGAAAUCUCUACAUGAGCUACUGCGAGAACUGUGGCAACUGUAACGCUUCGGGAAACUAUCAUCUUGUUCAGAUAGAGGACGGUAUUAAAAAGUUCUGCACCACUGACUGUAUCACUACUUUCAAACAGAAGAGUGGCAAGAGGCUUUCUUGUCCCUAUUGCCAAGAGUUCAAAAAUGUAGAUCAAAUGAUCGAUGGCACAAACAUACAGGGUGUCACAGAGUUCUUCUGCUCCCAAAGAUGUGUGGCCUUGAGUCAAGCGUCUCCCAGUCUGACAGGCACCUCUUUCCCCUGCACAAGCUGCAAGAAGUUAGCCAUUCCUCAGUAUCACCUCGCCAUCGCUGACGGAUCCAUCAGGAACUUCUGUUCAUUAGAUUGUGUCGGCAAAUUUCAGGACAAGAUGAACACAUCUGUACCUCAUAACCAGAUAAACGGGAACUCGCAUGGCGCUCAAAACGCACCAUCGGAGCAACCUACAGUGCAACACGCGCCCACCCAGACCUCUUCAUCUAAUUUGUCUGGCCAGAGUCAAAAUUCAGUUCCAUCUCAUGCGCCAGCUCCAGGUCCAGUUAACUCGCAAGAAACCGUGCAGAAAGCAACUAAGUCGAUCCCAAGCGCUUACAAAAAGGAACUUGAGUGCAUGCAGUGCCGUGUUCUGUUCCAAGACAAACCUCAGGUCUUUCAAUGUAAGGGUCUGUCAGGGGCGUUCUGCACUCGAGCGUGUUGUGACGCUUAUAAGAGAGAGCAUAAUGUGACAGCUUUUUGCGAGUAUUGCAAACAGGAAAAGGUGGUCAAAGACGCCAUCACUUAUGAAAAGCAGCUCCGAUAUUUUUGUUGCGAAGGCUGUAAACUGCUUUUUAAGCAUGACCUUACCAAACGGCAAGGAGUUCAGUUCAGGUUUUGCGCCUACUGUCAAAACAUGACACACAAAACCGUACAGAACUUUUUCGGAGGCAAGCUGGAGGAGUUUUGCACAGAAGACUGCAUGUCUCAGUACACGGUGCUCUUUUAUGAGAUGGCCAAAUGUUACAACUGUAAACAGCAGGGCCCGCUGAAGGAAAGCCUUGUCUUAUAUGGAUCCAAAAAACAUUUCUGUAAUAUGAAUUGUUUGAGGAAUUUCUGCUCAAGAACCCUGAUGUAUCGUCAGUCUAGGAACAGUACUCUGACUAAUUUGACUACGGUACAAGCUCCGUUAUCCAUUUCAAAGGACAUGCCUGUUAUUGGUGGUGUGGUGUCACUGGCCUCAACGUUACCUGGAAACACUGCUGUUACAGGAGCUCUCCCUACCUCGAACGCCAACUCCAAAAACAUCGGUGAAGCCAGCACACAGACCGAUGCUGCAGUGCCCGGUACUCCACAUCGCAGGACGUUGAAGAAUAAAGCUCUCAUGUGCCGACCCAUCACUGAAGAACAAGGGGUCCAGUGUCAGCGAGAUCCUCCAACAGCUCGACCUCUGUCUGAAACAGUGAUUGAUGAAAAUGGAGAAAAAGUGAGGUUGGUGCCAUUCCCGGUGCCCAUUCCAGUGCCAGUUUACAUUCCCGUGCCAAUGCAUCUGUACACUCAGUACACACCGUUUCCACUGGGACUUCCUCUACCUGUGCCUGUACCUGUAGUCAUACCUGGAUCCCAAGAUGCAGAUGAACCAGAGGAGCGUAAAACCAGCCUGCCCGCUCAGAGCUCGAUGGAGGACGAUGAGGGUGAUAAGGGAAAAGGCAAGCCUGUGUCACAUGACCAGGGCAGCACGUACAGUGGAGAUCUGGAGUCCGAGGCCACAUCAACACCCUUCAGCUGGGCAGAGAAUGAGGAACCCGGGGUCAGCGGGAAACAAUUGGUCCCAUCAUCAGAAUUAGAGGAUCCACAAGUAGCGGCAUCAACUGUAUCACCAGAACAUCCGGAUUUGGAAGAUGACUUUCCCCGUGCAUUAGUUGACCCAGGAUCAGCUAAAGAGAGCAGACUGGUAUUGACGUUGAAGCGACGCAGGAAGGGCAGAGACAGCUGUCCUGCCAAAAAAAGGGCGGCGGAGACGGCAACUGAAGGACUCGUGGACUGUAAGGACGCAGAUGAGAAGCAAACAAAAACUUUUGUUGACUCUGCGUGCCAAACUUCAAGACCACUCACUGGAAGGUCCCAUCCCAAUCUCAAGAUCACUUCUCCUUCAAAGCAGCAGCUAAAGUACUUAAUGAAUCAGAGUCGAGGCCGGCCCGAUCGAUACGGUUGUUUGCUGUUACGGGCAGUCUUACCCAAACAGCUCUAUGCAGAGUGGGUGUCCACCACCAACUGGGAUGGGGCAAGGGGCAAACUAGCGUUGCCUGUCAACUUAAGGCACUUUAUCAUCAAAACCGUUUCGGAGAAAUUCCCCAGCUUAACCAGCGGUGACCGAAAGCGCAUCAAAGACAGAAUCAACGAGUUCUUACGCUCUCCAAGAAUUGGUGUUGGACGUGGACGUUUACAGUCUAAUUCAAAGGCAGUGGAGACGAUAACAGAGGCGGUAGAGACGAUAACAGAAGAGUCGAUGACUCAACCGGACUUUGAAGAUGUAGAAAUGAAGAAAAUAAGGUCUUCUGUCAACUCCCCAGGCAACACUUCAACAGCACCAGUUGUACGAUGCCAUCCCCAUCUCAAGUUCAAUUCUCCUUCGAUGGUGCAGCGGAAGAUUCUAAUGAAUCAGAGUCGAGGCCGGCCCGAUCGAUAUGGUUGUUUGCUGUUUCGUGCUGUCUUACCCAAACAUCUCUAUGCAGAGUGGGCGUCGACCACCAACUGGGAUGGGGCAAGGGGCAAACUAGCAUUGCCUGUCAACUUAAGGCACUUUAUCAUCAAAACCGCUUUGGAGAAAUUCCCCAGCUUAACCAGCAGUGACCGAAAGCGCAUCAAAGACAGAAUCAAUGAGUUCUUACGCUCUCCAAGAAUUGGUGUUGGACGUGGACGUUUACAGUCUAAUUCAAAGGCAGCGAUGACGACAACAGAGGCUGCUGAGAUGACAACAGUGGCUGUGGAGACGAUAACAGAGCAGACUGAGACUAUAACAGAGGAGACUGGGACAACAACAGAGGUGCCGGAUGCUACAACAGAGGCACCGGAGACAACAACAGAGGCGCCAAGGACUCAGCUGGACUGUGAGGACACGGAUGAAAAGCAAAAAACGUCUUCUGACGACUCCCUAGGACAAUAUUUAAUAACACCAAUAUUAUGCCAUCCCAAUUUUGAGAUCACUUCUCCUUCGAAGAAGCAGUUGAAGAGGUUAAUGAUUCAGAGUCGUGGCCGGGCCGAUCGAUACGGUUGCUUGCUGUUUCGUGCCGUCUUACCUGAAAAGCUCUAUGCAGUGUGGGCGUUGACCACCAACUGGAAUGGGGCAAGGGGCAAAUAUGCGUUGCCUUUGAAUCUAAGACAAUUUAUCAUUGAAAGCGUUUGCCAAAAGUUUCCCAACUUGACCAGAGUUGAUCGAAAGCACAUCAAGGACAGAAUCAACGAGUUCUUACGCUCCCCAAGAAAUGGUGUUGGAACAGAAAGUUUGCGUUCUAAGGGCCGUAAGCGAUCUGGAACGGACACGUCGAGCAGCGUUUGGCUUAGCACCUCCAGCUCAAAGCUUAACCAAGUGUACGGAGUCACAGCCUGGACCAGCUGGGUAAAAUCUAAAAAAGGACCGACAUCGGACGAAGGCGAGCAACAGUCCCCGGGCCGCAUGGUUAUGAAGGAGGAUGUGUUACAGUGCAGUUCUGCAGAACUCGGUUACGGUUUGUGCCGUUUCAUCAAGGAGGUCCGCAGGCCGAACGGCAAGGUUUAUGAACCCGAUAGCGUCUACUACCUGUGCCUGGGCAUUCAGCAGUGUCUGCUCGAAAAGGGGCGUCUUGAGAAUAUCUUCACCGAUUCGCUCUAUAUUGAGUUCAUCAGCGAGAUCACCACGCUGCUGAAAGACUGGGCCAAUACUUUGCCACUUGGGGGCUAUAUGAAUUCACGGGUUGAAGAGGAAUACCUUUGGGAAUGUAAGCAGUUGGGAGCCCUGUCUCCUAUCGUCCUGCUCAACACGCUGCUGUUUUUCGGAGCCAAAAUCUUAAACCUCAAAACGGUUGAACAGCAUCAACGCCUCACGUUCUCCAAUGUCACCCAGUGUUCAAAGACCAUCAAAAAUGGCGUGACCUCUUAUCUUAGAUUCAAACUACCUAACAAAGAGGAAUCCACAGAAAAGAGAGCAGCUGUUAAAAGGAAACGGGAGGAGGAGACGGUGGACGAGCAGUUCAUGGAGAUGCCCGAGAACUCAGAGAACCCUUUACGCUGUCCUGUUAGACUCUACCAGUUCUAUCUCUCUAAAUGCUCAGACACCGUGAAACAGCGUCCAGAUCUGUUCUACCUGCAGCCCGAGACCUCCUGCCAUCCCAGCAGCCCUGUGUGGUACUCGGCUCAGCCUUUGGACACUGCGAUGAUGGAGGGCAUGCUCACACGCAUCGUAGUUGUACGAGACAUUCACCUGGACUCUACGCAGCAAAAAUAUCCGGACUCUUCAGAUGAAGAGAGUUCUCAAUGAGAACCCAAAAUCAUGGAUCUUCACUCGUAAACCAAUCAUGAGACAUUUUUUGACACCUACAUAUUUUUUAGAACUCGAAGGCACAGGGAAUGUCCUGACUUUUUAGGUUAAAACCAUUGUACACAUCCUUUCCCACUGUGUACACGCACUCAACAGACAUUCCUCGAAGUCAUUGUCUCGCUCUAUCAUGAACUUUACGGAUAACUACACGAGAAUUCAGAGGAACAAUUCGGAGGAAAACUGUUUGAUUUUUAAUUAUUUGUCACUAGACAACAUUUCUCAAUAUUUAGAAUUAUAUAGUGGGAAGCUUUUUAUGUUUGAACGUUCAUCUUGUCAUGAUUGUUGGUAACCUUUGGAAAUAUAUUUGAAUUCUCAAACGUACGAUUGAGUUGUUUCUAGAUUUGUAUGGGAUGUCUGUGUUGCUAACAUGGUGUCGGUGUUAAAAAGCUGCUUUUUUGAGAAGGCAAACAGUGGCCGUUUCUCAAUAUGCGUUCUUCAGCGGUCUUGUGUCCUCCUGUUCUCGCUCUACGUCAUCAAUAACCGUCAGUCUUUUCCAAUACUCAAGAACAGAGAACGCAUGAAAGUACCCGGAUGUGUUCUCGAUAUCAAGGAUGCAUCGAAUGCAGCCUUGCGUGCCUACAGCACCCGCUUGAAGUCCCAGAAGUCACUGUGGCGCAUCCAUCCAAGUUCGUUCUUCCCAGGCUGCUUCGCAAGACCAGUCUCCACGAGAACACAAGUCAGUUCUUUGGGCGUUUCUCAAUUCCAAGAACGCAAAGUCACAGCAGUCGAAUUGAAACGCCUACAACAACUUGUAACCUCCUCUGAUUUCACUAGCAUUAGCAUAUCAAUUUAAAAACGCAUUAAUAACGCCCUCGGAUAGCUGUGUAGUUCUUAAGAAGUGUUUAAAUAAAAAGUCUUGUAGCGAUUUAUUGUAACACCUCGAUUGGCCUUUGUAAGUUCAUAUCUCGGAAAAGAUGCAUUCAUUAAGGUGUUUCAGGUGGAUUCCAAGUGUCGCACCUCAGUCAACAGAGGGCACUCCUGCUUUGUUAGUUCAAGUGAUGGGACCUUGACAAGGCAACAAUGGUGACUCAUAUAAGCAAUGUUGAGCCACAUGAUUAUGCUGAUAUUUGCAGAGAUAGAUGCAGCGCCAGCCUACGAUGUAAAGCCAAUUGUCAUUCGCUACCAUGGUAACAGAGACGAGAGCCGUUGCUUGUGCUUCACACUGGAUUCUAAAUGUGCUGCUGUUGAGAAUCAUGCAACUCGGAUAUGAAAUGCACUUGUGCAUCAGAGUUGUCCAGAACAGUGUAACUGAACCUGAACGUCCCCCAUCAGCACCACUCAUUUACCUUGCAGCGCUAACGUUAGCAAGCUAAUGUAGGGAUCGAAAAUAUAAGACAGACGGUUAAACUAUUUGUCUGCAGUUGUAAUGGCGUUCGUUUUCUGAUCUCCGCAUCUUUUACUGUAAUUUGUAAAUGUACAAUCGUUCAUGAUGGACUGAGAGAGCGAAUAUCUCGGGGACACAUCACGUUUUUGUUGGCUGUUCAAAAGAGAGUGUGGGUGUGCUCCAGGCAGAUGAGGUGUGAUUUGAGAGGGUUCGAGAGUGUGUGGGAGAGACGAGUACAACAAAGACACAAUCUGGCAUUACAUGACUGGUUCGGACAAUACUUACAUGGUAUUAUACUAACAUUCUAAAUGAUGCCAAAACAGUCACUUUUUUAACCAUAUAGUAUAUGUUUCUACUUCAAUUUAAAUAAGAGUUUAAAUUAUUGGCAAAUGCAGAUACUGUCUGAUGAAAAUCUAAGCCGUCUUAUUAGAGGUCGUUCCAAAUUGAGAUAAAAUGACUGAAAGGAAAUGAAAUGAGUGAGGCAAAAAAGUCCUAAGCUCCUGAUAAGUGCUAAAGCCCUGAAGCAGCCUUAAAACUCAAGGGAGGGAGCUGUGAGAGGAGGGAGAGAGAGAGAGAGAGAGAGAGAGAGAGAGCUGCCGUUGCUGCUGAAAUAAGAGGCUAUUUAUCAAACCAACAGUGUUUCUGUGUGAGGAAGGACAAGGCUGAGAGCUGAAAGAUAAUGCUGGAAUACAGACUUGAUGCUUGGAUUCCUGAGCAGCCUUCACACCUGGACCACCAGUGCAUGAGGGACCGGGACCGUCCAUCUGUCAUGCCUGCGAUGCUAUGAAUGCUUAAGUUACGUGAAUGCUUACCAACAUGAAGAAGCGAUGCAAAAAGAACACGGAGAGGUGUAAUGUCAUGUUUGUAUGAGGAAAAAAUUGAAACCGAACAGUAUCCCAUUAAUUAAGACCUGGUGCACAUGCUCCGGCAACGUCGCAUGAUAUACUUCUGGAGGAUUGUAUUGGAGGUCUUUUAAAAUCCACUGUCA